AUUGUCAUAACAAAUGCAUUCCAAAUGUGAAUGCCUAUUUCUUCAAGGAAAAGUGGAGUCUUUAGAUGAACUUGCUUCAGUUACCCGAAGAGGUUCUAUUGGCUGUUGCCAAUUUUCUUCCCAUUUCUGACUUGCUUUACUUCUCAUCGACAUGUAAAUGUUUUAGAAGAAUAUGCUUUCCUUUGUAUCAAAAUUUAUCACUUGUGUUACCAAAUUGUGAUGUUGAUGCUUGUUUUGAAACAUGGAUUGGAUGGCAUCAAUUCAAAGUUGUAUUAAAUCUUAGCAAAGGGAUUCCAUUCUAUGAACAAGGGCCUGUUUUUGAACUUGUUAGGCAUUGUACGGAGCUCAUCAUUGUGAAUGGUACCAAAAACUGGGAAGUAACUGUAUUUCCUGCCAUUAUUGAGUGCAACAUCAGAUCAGUUCUUAUAAAAAACAGCUUAUGCCACAUAGAACAGCUUUACCAAAAGUGUCCAUAUGACUUAUUAUUCGAAAAGUCUCAACUUGUCUACUGUGUUAAAGAAGACCGAUCUACGUAUCAGAAGUCCAUUAAGAUAGAUAAGUUAUGUAAAAAGGAAUCAUUCAAAGUUAGCAAUUGUAUCAAUGUGUCUGAAAAUACUAAGCGUAUUGAUGAUGAUGUGCUUAAUGCAAUGUUGUGUGUCCAGCAUGAUCAAUGUAUCUUCUCACUGUCAUAUCUUAAUUUGGAUGGCACGAAUAUUUCAGAUCAAAAUGUAUUCAUGAUUUCCAACUGUUAUCCUAAUAUUGUGACCUUAUCAUUGAAGAAUUGUUCAAACUUGUCUGGUAGUAUUAUGAAUGCAAUUGGGAGAAUGUCUAGCCUAAAGAGCUUGUGUGUUGCAGGAUUAAGGGAUUUAAAAAGUCUGGUUCAGCUAUCAAGUUUGCAUCAUCUUCGAAGUCUGGAUGUCUCAAAUUGCAAACAGCUGAACGAUAUCACAGGGUUAAUGGAGAUAAUUAACAAUUUUGAAGUUUUAAAGUUAUCAGGAAUUCCAGCUUCCCUUGAAAUAUUGUCUGUGUUUGAUCUACAAAAUCUUAAGGAGUUAGAUAUACAGAGCUGCUACCAGGUGUCAGAUGCCUUAUUAGGAAGGUUGAAGCUUCCAAAUUUGUGCUCAUUAAACCUCAGCAGUUGUGUCCGUGUCACUGAUAAGAUGUUACGAAAUGUAAUAUUAUGCAGAUCAGAUCGUCUUCUUAAUGUGAACCUGUCUUGGCUGAAGAAAAUAACUCCUUCAUUUUUUGAGGAAACUUCAAUGGCAUCAAAACUAUUCUGGCGGGUAGAAAAGCUUAUUCUAUGUAACAUGAAUAUCAAUGAUAAUUGUUUAUCAAUUAUUCAAUCCUGCAAACCUUUAUCGUUGCAUACACUUAAUGUUGGUUUGUGUAAAGAAAUAUCGGACAAUGGCUUGCUUAAGAUCGCCCAAAUUCCGACUAUAAAAGAUUUGGAUUUGUCUCAUCUCUGUAAAAUAACAGACCUUGGAUUGAAGAUUCUUGCCAAUCGACUUUACAGACUGAGAGAAUUGAAGAUUACAGGGUGUAUUGGAAUUACUGAUAAAGGGAUUGAUUCUUUAAAGGUUUGUAAACGUUUACAUACCUUAGAGUGUGCUCAAUGCUGCAAGAUAACUAAUAAAUCUGUUGAGGAUCUAUCAGAAACUUUGCUCAAACUUCGAAAUGUGGCAUUUGUAAAGAAAAUCCAUGUGGUAUUGUAAAUCUUUGGGUUGUUUGGAAAAUCUUAUAAUAUGGUUUGUUAAGUUUUUAAAGGAGCACAAAUCUUUCAACAGUGACCCUGUGAUCCACCCAAGUUUAUAGGUAUUAAAAUUCAUUUGAUACUGUGUGCGUUCAUAUUUUAAAGUUCAGCAUAGUUUUGUAAAUAUUUUUGUACAUUAAAAUUAAAAAUGUACAGUCUGUUUGAUAAUCAAUAAUUUGUAAAUAAUUGUUACUUGUUAACUUGUAAAUUUCAUAUUAUAUUUGUUGAACUUUUAU